UAAAUAAUCCAGCUGACAUCUUUCGGCUUUGGCAUGGGGGAUGUUUGGGUGCAAUUAAAUGCAUUACCUUGCAUCCACUGCAUUUUUUAGGAUCACUAAACAAGCAGAGAGUUGAAACGGACACUGGACGUUUGAAAAUACGGUGCUUGUGAAUUGCGAUUUUGAGUGAUUGCUGUUUAAGCGAUGGGAGCGGAGCAAAGUGGCGAUUCGGAGCAUAAGCACUCCGAUUACAGCACUGCAGUGGUGCCCUCCCCUGCCAAACAGAAGGCCAAAAUGGACGACAUUGUUGUGGUGGCUCAAGGGACGCAGUCCCUGAGAAACAUUCACAACGACCCAGACGUCAUCAAGCUUCAGGAAAUACCAACCUUCCAGCCGCUAUUGAAAGGCGUACUGAGCGGGCAGACCUCUCCCAGCAGUGGGCGCCUGGAGAAGCUGGACUCUGUGCAGGUGCUGCAACUCUGCCUGCGCUACCAGGACCACCUGCACCAGUGCGCCGAGGCGGUGGCCUUCGACCAGAACGCCCUGGUCAAGAGGAUCAAAGAGAUGGACCUGUCGGUGGAGACGCUGUUCAGCAUCAUGCAGGAGAGACAGAAGCGCUUCGCUAAGUACGCCGAGCAGAUCCAGAAGGUGAACGAGAUGUCCAUGAUCCUGCGCCGCAUCCAGAUGGGCAUCGACCAGACCGUGCCCCUGAUGGACCGGCUCAACAAGCUUCUGCCCGAGGGGGAGCGGCUCGAACCCUUCAGCAUGAAGCCCGACAGCGAGGCCAAGUAGAGCCGCCGCAGCCAAUCGGCUCCGCCCGUCCUCAGGCAGCUCCGCCACAGCCAAUCAGCUCCGCCCAUCGCUCAGGAAGUCCCGCCCACACCAACCCAGGUCCUGCUGCCCGCUGUUUGUUUUUUUGACCCUCUCUUCGCCCCAAACAAAAGGGGAAUCUCACUCAUGGGUGAGGUCCGGUCACACUGUGUGUGGGAAUUGCCGAACACAGUCGUGGGCAUUUCCGUGCCGGGAAAUCACCUGGAACGCUGUAGGGAACACCGUGAGCCAUUUGCGUCUCCUAAUUAUGUCUUGGAUGAACGUGUAGUGUGUGGAGGAAGAGGAGGAGCUUUGACGCAUCACUUCCCCCUUGGCAGUGUGUCGCAGAGCGAAGGGCUGUUUCAGUAAAGUGCGGGAAAGAGUUUUCAGUUCAUGUUUUUUUAGUUUUUUUUUAGGUUUAUUUAAACAGCCUUUCCCAUUAUUUGCAUAGGUCCUGCAAACGGAACUUGCAGGUGGGCAUUUAUUUUCUUUUUUACUUGCCCAGCACUCCUGAAUUUUCAUGUGGUUUUGAGAGAAAAUGUAAGUCUGUUUGUGUGCAAGUCAGAGCUAAUCUGCAGCUGAACAUGGCAGUCCUGUUCGGCACUUCAGGCUGUUACAUGAGACAUUAAAUUGGGACUGUUCAGUGCUUUGGCCGAAGACACACUGCACCUGCAUCUUUCGACCGCUUUUGUAAGUCAUGCAAGCACUGGUGUCAUAAUUGAUCUGUUGUUAGCUGACACCUGUAAAAAGGCAUGUUGAAACAUUUUAAUUUAUUUAAAAAUGAAUAGAUGUACAGUUUACCUGUUUGAUUUGAAGCAUGUGAUGUGAUCACCAUCAUCUCUGCUUGCGUUUACAGCACUGUCUCCUGGGAAAUUAAUAUCCUGAUUUGUUUGUGGUGAAGUUGGAGUGCCUUGUUCUUUAUAUCACAACGGCUUCUUGUGUCCAUUACUCAGUGCUUGGGUUCAAUAUGUCAUUAACUGUUGCUGCACUUGUUGCUUUUGGAAGUGUUAAUGUGUUAAUGUGCUUAUAGUGGAACUGAUCCUGACUGGCUACUUAAGAUUCAUCCAGUGUCCAUCAGAUCCUAUUUCACUACGUGCACUUUCUGAAAAGGUGCAAAUGUCCCUCAUAGAGUUCUGGUAUUAAAUUAACUAAAAAGCUUUGGGUUUAUGUUCUGAAAAUGAAUCAGGGUUGUGUUUUUUUCCCCCACAAGAAUACCAAAUAAAGGCUAUGAUUCUGAACAACCAGA